AUGCAUUCCUUCUUUCUUUUCCUAAAAAUGCCUUUCCUACUUAAACAAGUCAUUUUUUUUUUUCCUUCUAUCUAUCUACCUCUUAAAAGGUUCUUUUCUUUCUUCUUUCUUUCAUCAAAAUUUAUUUUUCAUCCUUCUUCGUAUUUUUUCUCUGCGCCAUUUUCAAUACAAUUUUUUCCUUUCUUUGUCAUAUUUUCUUUCUUCUUUUUUUCUUUCUUUGCAGAUUUUCUUUCUUUAAAAAAAUUUUUUUAUGUUUCAAUAUUUGAAUUUUUAAAUUUUCUUUUAUUUUUUUGUUUUCCUCGAUUCAAUUUUUUUUUUUUUCUUUUGUGCUCUACUUUAAAUUUUCCCACAUUUCCCUUCCUUCUUUCUUUUCGUCUUCCAACUUUUCUUUGUUUCUGUAUUUUUCUUUCUUUCUCUCUUUCUUUCUUUCUUCCUUUGUUCUUGUCUUUUACUUCAUUUUUUUUUUUAUUUCCUCUUUUAAUUUUUUCUUAUUUUUUUUUUGAAUCCCGCCAGGAUUCAUUCAUUCUUCUUUCUGUCUCACCUUCUUUCUUUUUGAAAAAAUUUCUUUCUCUCUUUCUUUCUUUGUUUUCAGCAUUCAAUUUCAUUCCUUUAUUUUCCCACAAUCCAAUCUUUCUUUAUUUUUCUGCUUUCUUCUUUCCUCGUUCUUUCUUUUUCUGCUUUCUUCUUUCCUCGUUCUUUCUUUCUUCCUUUCUUUCUUUUUCAUUUUCUUCAUUUUCUCUGAAAAAAAUUUGUCUUUUCUUUUUUUUUCGUUUUCCUUUUUUCUUUUUUUUCUUCAAAUUUUUUUUUUUUUCUUUCUUUUUUUUUUUCUUUUCUUUUCUUAAAUGUUAUUUCUCUUCACACCCUCUCCUACAAUUUUUCUUCCCUUCUUACAUUUUUUCUUUUUUCUAUUUGACUCAAUUUUUCUUUCUUUCAUUCAUUCUUUCUUUCUUUCUAUCUAUUCUUUCAUUCAUUCUUUCUUUCUUUCUUUCUAUCUAUUCUUUAUUUAUUUAUUUAUUUAUUUAUUUCUAUCUAUUCUUUAUUUAUUUAUUUAUUUAUUUAUUUCUAUCUAUUCUUUAUUUAUUUAUUUAUUUAUUUAUUUGA